AUGCCUGACGAAAAGCAGGACUCGGAGGAACGCGGCGUAGCCGCCAGGAGAGAGGAGUAUCCUUCGAAAAAGGUCCUGCUGCCCAUUGUGCUAUCCGACCGAACAAUCAUUGGCGUCGCCGUGCCGGCCAUCUCGAACGAGUUCGGGUCCUUUGACGAUAUAUCGUGGUACGAAUCUGCGUAUCUACUCACGUUUGCAGCGCUGCAGCUGCCCGUGGGCAAAAUUUAUACCUUUUUUCGAGCGAAAUGGGUCUUUAGCCUGUUCGUGGUCAUCUUCCAAGUCGGCUCCGUCAUCUCCGCCACCGCCCCCAGCAGCGCGGCCUUCAUCGUGGGACGCGGCGUCGCGGGCAUCGGCUGCGCUGGCCUGUCGACGGGCGGCCAGGUCAUUUUUGUCGACAUUCUCCCGCUCGAGAAGCGGCCCAAGUACCAGGGGCUCCUUGCGGCCACGUUUGGUGUCGCCGCUGUCGCCGGCCCGCUCCUCGGCGGCGUCUUUGCCACCAAGACAACCUGGCGUUGGUGUUUCUGGAUCAACCUCCCAAUUGGCGCUCUGGCGCUGGUCAUGCUCCUUCUCCUCCUCCCUUCCAGGCCGGCGCCCAAGAAACGGUCUGAGAAAUCUUUUGCGCACAAGAUACGGGAAUUUGAUCCGGUAGGGACACUGCUGCUCAUCCCGGGCCUGAUCCUGCUGUUGCUGGCCCUGCAGUGGGGAGGCGAAGAGAAUGCCUGGGGGAGCCACAAGGUCCUGGGGACAUUGGUGCCUGGAUUGGUGCUGCUCCUCUCCUUUGCCGCAUCACAAGCUUGGAUCGGAGACAAUGGCACCGUUCCGCCCCGACUCCUCAGACAGCGGAGCAUCGCAACCGCAUCGGUGGCAUCACUGGGUGUCGGUUCGGCGCUGAUCAUCGUGACAUUCUAUCUUCCCAUCUGGUACCAAGCGAUACAGGGCCUGUCGGCUGUCGAUGCCGGUGUUCGGAUGCUCGCAUACUUUAUCGGCACCGUCGUGUUUGUCAUUGGCUCUGGGGCCGCCGUCUCCAAGCUGGGCUACUACACACCGUGGUUGAUGGCGGGCACGGCCCUCAUGGCUGUCGGCUGCGGUCUCCUUGCCACACUGCGUGUGAGCUCGCCAGAUGCUCACGUCAUCGGAUUCCAGAUUCUCUUCGGUGCUGGUUUGGGCUUCUCCCUGGCCCAGCCCAUCAAUGCCGUCCAAACAGUCCUGCCGCGCGAGGAUAUUCCGACGGGACUCACCAUGGUCAACUUUAUGAAAUUUGUGGGAGGCACGAUAUUCGUGAGUGUAUCCCAGGGCGUGUUGACGAGCACUUUGCGAAGCGAGCUGCGUCGCAGCGUGCCUGACUUGGACAUAUCGGCCAUCUUGGGCCAGGGAGCGACGGAUCUUUCCCAGGCCGUGUCCAACGACCAGCUGCCGCUUGUCCUCGUGGCGUACAAUAUGGGGUUGCGGCACGUCUUCUACUGCGCGAUGGCUGUCUCCUGUCUAGCUUUCGCAGCCUCGUGCUUCCUGGAAUGGAGAACAGUCAAGCAGCAACAAGAAAAUGCGCAGGUCGGGCAUGAUUCAGCCUAG